CGCCCAGCCCUCCCGUCCGUGAACGCACCAAGUGUACCGACUGCACCGUGUGCGCUCUGGUUAAAGCCCGACUACCUUCACUGUGAAGGCUGGGCACUGGGAAGGAGGACCGGGGGCCUCGUCGUGGCUGAGAGAAGAGGCUCAAACCCCUCACUUAUGGCUUUUUUGUAGGACACUUUCAUCAUCAUUUGGGAUUGUGGAAGGGACGCCAGCUCGAAUCACCUGAAGUCGCCCUAAAGUUUGGUUCCACUUGAGGGGCGCGCAAUCAUGGAGAUGCAAAGGUGGUCCACAAGGUGGAAAACGAAAAGGUGGUUUAUGGAUUCCACUGUAACUGCAUUCAUCACUUUAACCCUGGUUCUACACGCUACUAAUGUCAGAGCAGAACCAGUGGACGUCCUAAAUGUAUUAGCAUUUCAAAAUCCCCCCGAAGGAGUGACGAAAACAUCAGGAUUUUGCACACAGCGAAGAGCAUCGCAGCCAGACACCGCUUACAGAGUUGCCCAGCAGGUCCAGAUCAGCGCCCCCACCACGCAGCUAUUCCCUGGAGGUGUUUUUCCCGAGGACUUCUCCAUCCUGACCACCAUGCGCCCCAAGUCCGGCCUCCAGUCCUUCCUGCUGUCCAUUUACAAUGAGCAGGGAGUCAGGCAAAUGGGCGUGGAGCUGGGACGCUCCCCUGUCUUUGUGUAUGAGGACCAGAAUGGGAAACCAGCCCCAGAUAACUUCCCGCUGUUCGUCGGUCUCAACCUCGCUGACGGAAAGUGGCAUCGCGUGGCCGUCAGCGUGCAGGGGAAGGCAGCCACCAUCAUCAUAGACUGUAAGACCAAGAUCACCAAGCCACUCCUCAGGAGCGACCAGGGCACCAUCAGCACCGGGGGUCUCACCGUGUUCGGCAGCAAGACCCCAGAGGAGGUUUUCCAGGGUGACGUCCAGCAGCUCCUGAUCGUGGACGAUGCCUCAGCGGCCUACGACUACUGUGAACACUAUAGCCCAGACUGUGACACUCCCCUGGGUGAAACUGUACAGGCCCAGGAGCCUGAACUGGAGUACACUGAUGAUUUAGAUUACUCUCAGUUCUAUGAUUACUCUGAGGGAGCUACAGACAUCAUUCCAACCGAUGAGUAUCCAGAACCACAGCUAAACAAUGUAGAAGGAGAUUACAAUACAGACAUUGACUACGGAACUGUAGAUGGUACUCAAACUCAGUCCCCCUUUGCCACGAACGGACCCGCUGAGGCUGUGGAAGUGGAAGAUGUUGUCGGUGAAUACGUCACGGACGCCGCCGCUCCGGAGCCCACCGCUGUCCCAGAAACGGUGGGCCACGUGGACCCCGGCGCAGAAGCAUAUGACUUUAAGGAGUAUGACCUAAAGGAGUAUGACUUGGGCGAGGUUGACAACAGGGUGUAUGAUUACGGGGCGUAUGAUGAGUAUGGCACGGCCCAGGUCAAACCCACGGCGGCCUACGACGAUGAGGUCGGGCCCGGGGUCGCGGCUGAGACCGACAUUAGCGAAAGCGCCGUUGCCGGAGUCGGAGGAGGCUUCGGACAGAAGGGAGAAAAGGGCGAACCGGCUGUCAUCGAACCUGGCAUGCUGAUUGAAGGACCACCAGGACCCCCCGGCCCAGCUGGUCUUCCAGGUCCCUCAGGCCUACAAGGACCCCCAGGCACUGCUGGAGAUCCUGGUGACAGGGGUCCUCCCGGUCGUCCUGGUCUGCCUGGUGCUGACGGUUUGCCAGGACCCCCUGGUACCAUGCUGAUGCUCCCAUUCCGAUUCGGCGGUGAUGGCGAGAAGGGUCCGGUGGUGUCAGCUCAAGAAGCCCAAGCCCAGGCCAUCCUGUCCCAGGCCCGACUGGCUAUGAGGGGACCCCCCGGGCCCAUGGGUUUGACGGGAAGAUCAGGACCAGUGGGUCUACCCGGCUCUACCGGACUAAAAGGUGAAAGCGGAGACCCCGGUCCUCAGGGUCCCCGUGGUAUUCAAGGACCCGCAGGACAACCCGGUAAAGCUGGGAAGAGGGGUCGUGCUGGAGCAGAUGGAGCCCGAGGGAUGCCUGGAGAGCCUGGUGCCAAGGGCGACCGAGGUUUUGACGGACUUCCUGGACUGCCCGGUGAGAAGGGACACAGGGGCGAGCCAGGGCCGAUGGGACCCCAAGGAGCCCCCGGAGAGGACGGUCAGAGAGGUGAGGAUGGAGAGAUCGGACCCAGGGGAUUAGCCGGAGAGAGUGGUCCCAGAGGCUUGUUGGGACCUCGUGGUCCUCCAGGACCCCCUGGAUCACCUGGCGUCGCUGGAGUCGACGGGCCUCCAGGUCCCAAAGGAAACAUGGGACCACAAGGAGAACCAGGCCCACCCGGUCAGCAGGGAAUCCCUGGAACACAGGGUCUUCCUGGUCCUCAAGGCCCCAUCGGACCACCUGGAGAAAAGGGACCAUCGGGUCGAUCUGGGUUACCUGGUUUACCUGGAGCUGACGGUCCUCCUGGACAUCCUGGAAAGGAGGGUCCACCUGGAGAGAAAGGAGGUCAAGGUCCACACGGUCCACAGGGUCCCAUCGGGUACCCAGGCCCUCGUGGUGUCAAGGGCGCUGACGGUGUCCGAGGUCUGAAGGGUUCAAAGGGAGAGAAGGGCGAGGAUGGUUUCCCAGGUUUCAAGGGAGACAUGGGUAUAAAAGGAGACCGGGGUGAGUUGGGUUUGGUAGGAUCCAGAGGAGAAGACGGUCCAGAGGGUCCUAAAGGCCGAGCUGGACCUCCGGGAGAAUCUGGUCCCCUCGGUCCCGCUGGAGAAAAGGGUAAACUGGGAGUCCCAGGAUUACCAGGAUAUCCAGGACGACAGGGACCUAAGGGCUCGAGUGGUUUCCCCGGCUUCCCUGGAGCCAACGGCGAGAAAGGAGCCCGGGGCGUUGCAGGGAAACCUGGUCCCAGAGGUCAAAGAGGUCCAACGGGUCCUCGUGGAGCCCGGGGAGCCAGAGGUCCAACGGGAAAACCAGGUCCAAAGGGCACAGCAGGGAACGACGGCCCCCCAGGUCCACCCGGUGAGAGAGGACCUCAAGGACCUCAGGGACCCGUGGGUUUCCCCGGACCAAAGGGCCCCCCUGGACCACCUGGAAAGGACGGACUGCCCGGACAUCCAGGCCAGCGUGGAGAGACGGGUUUCCAAGGAAAAACUGGUCCACCUGGUCCAGGAGGUGUUGUCGGGCCUCAGGGACCCACUGGAGAGACCGGUCCAGUCGGUGAGCGAGGCCAUCCCGGACCCCCUGGACCACCAGGAGAGCAGGGUCUUCCAGGUGCCGGUGGCAAAGAGGGAGCAAAGGGAGACCCUGGACCCCCUGGAACCUCCGGUAAAGACGGUCCCCCUGGUCUCCGAGGCUUCCCAGGAGAGCGAGGUCUACCUGGCGCCACGGGCCCAGCUGGUCUUAAAGGAGGAGAGGGGCCCCAAGGUCCACCUGGCCCUGUCGGUUCUCCAGGUGAAAGAGGUGCUGCCGGUCCAGCUGGUCCAAUUGGCCUUUCUGGCAGACCCGGUCCUCAAGGUCCUCCAGGUCCUGCCGGAGAGAAAGGAGCACCUGGUGAGAAAGGGCCUCAAGGUCCAGCCGGUCGUGAUGGUGUCCAGGGUCCCGUAGGUCUUCCCGGGCCGGCCGGACCCCAGGGUCCACCUGGAGAAGAUGGUGAUAAGGGAGAAGUUGGAGAGCCCGGUCAGAAAGGAAGCAAAGCUGACAAAGGAGAGCAGGGUCCUCCUGGCCCAGCUGGUCUCCAAGGCCCUAUUGGUGCUCCUGGUCCUGCUGGAGCUGAUGGAGAGCCUGGUCCCAGGGGUCAACAGGGUAUGUUCGGACAGAAGGGAGAUGAAGGUUCCAGAGGUUUCCCUGGACCCCCUGGUCCCAUCGGUCUGCAGGGUCUUCCUGGACCCCCUGGUGAGAAAGGAGAGAACGGUGACGUCGGACCAAUGGGUCCUCCUGGUCCACCUGGCCCAAGGGGUCCUCAGGGUCCCAGUGGAGCCGACGGUCCACAAGGUCCUCCAGGCGGCGUCGGCCCGAUGGGAUCUGUUGGUGAGAAGGGUGAACAAGGCGAGGCUGGAAACCCGGGACCACCUGGAGAGCCUGGAACUGGGGGACCUAAAGGCGAGAGAGGAGAGAAGGGAGAGGCCGGACCCCCUGGAGCUGCCGGACCUGCUGGUGCUAAAGGACCCCCCGGAGAUGACGGUCCAAAGGGUAACCCUGGUCCUGUUGGAUUCCCUGGAGACCCUGGCCCUCCUGGAGAGCCCGGUGUCGCCGGCACUGACGGAGAACCAGGAGAGAAGGGAGAGGAUGGUGAAGCUGGUCAGCCGGGACCACCGGGUCCUUCUGGAGAAGCCGGCCCACCUGGACCACCUGGCAAGAGAGGACCUCCGGGCGCUGCCGGUGCAGAGGGCAGGCAAGGGAAGGGCGCUAAGGGUGAGGCUGGAGCUGAAGGUCCGGCAGGUAAAACAGGACCAGUCGGCCCCCAGGGACCACCCGGAAAGCCCGGUCCAGAGGGUCUCCGUGGAAUCCCCGGCCCUGUCGGUGAACAAGGGCCGGGCUCCCCAGGACAAGACGGUCCAACUGGUCCCAUGGGUCCUCCUGGUCUUCCUGGUCUGAAAGGUGAUCCCGGGUCUAAGGGUGAAAAGGGUCACCCGGGUUUGAUCGGCCUGAUCGGACCCCCUGGCGAACAAGGAGAGAAGGGAGACCGAGGUUUGCCCGGACCCCAGGGUACGCCCGGUGGCAAGGGUGACAGUGGCAUCGGUGGAGCUGCCGGUCCUCUGGGUCCUCCUGGUCCUCCUGGUCUGCCUGGUCCUCAAGGUCCUAAGGGAUCCAAAGGUUCAUCUGGUCCUGCUGGUCCUAAAGGAGACACCGGUUCAGUUGGUCCACCUGGUCCUCCGGGUCCACCAGGUGAGGUCAUCCAGCCCCUGCCUAUCCAGUCCCCCAAGAAGACCAAACGCUCCAGUGACGUCCAAUCAGAUCCAGCCGGUAGCUUUAUGGACUACGGCGAGGGCAUGGAGGACAUCUUUGGCUCACUCAACAACCUCAAACAGGACAUCGAACGCAUGAAAUACCCCAUGGGAACGCAGAACAACCCCGCCAGAACAUGCAAAGAUCUGCAGCUGUGCCAUCCAGAGUUCCCUGAUGGCGAAUACUGGAUUGAUCCGAACCAAGGCUGCUCGGGGGAUUCUUUCAAAGUCUACUGUAACUUCACGGCCGGUGGCGAAACCUGCAUCUAUCCAGAUAAGAAGUCCAACGGAGUCAGAAUAUCAUCAUGGCCCAAAGAAAUCCCUGGGUCGUGGUUCAGUGAAUUUAAACGUGGUAAAAUUCUUUCCUACGUGGACUCAGACGGAAACUCGAUAAACAUGGUUCAGAUGACCUUCCUCAGACUACUGACAGCCUCCGCCAGGCAAAACUUCACCUACAGCUGCCACCAGUCUGUGGCGUGGCACGACGCCAACAGCGACAGCUACGACAAGGCGCUGCGCUUCCUGGGCGCCAACGACGAGGAGAUGUCCUAUGACAAUAACCCCUACAUCCAGGCCCUGUCAGAUGGAUGUGCGACGAGGAGUGGAUAUGGAAAGACUGUGAUGGAGAUUAACACUCCCAAAAUCGAUCAGGUUCCAAUCAUCGACGUCAUGUUGACUGACUUUGGGGACCCCAACCAGAAGUUUGGCUUCGAAGUCGGGCCCGUCUGCUUCCUCGGCUAAAUAAAACAAAACAAACAAACAAAAAAAAGAAAAAAAAAAAAAAAAAAGGACUCGACGGGGCCAGCAAAGAAAGUCAAGUUGAGACGUUUUGGGUAC